GCGGCGUUCGGGAGCGCGCUUCCGGUGCUCGGAGCGGAAGCAGCCGCGGCAAGAGGCUCGGAGCGGCGGCGGCGGCCGAGCUGCGGGCGUCCGGGGCGGGCGAGCUGGACCGCGGCCCGGCCGUAACCGGGACCAUGGAGCCGGCGCUGCCGGGCUAGGCAGUUCCGGCCGUGCCGGACCCGCGGCGAUGUCGGGCUACUUGCGCCGCCCAGGCGCCACCCCGCUGUCCCGAGCCCGGAGCCUCGUCAUUCCGGACGCUCCUGCGUUCUAUGAGCGCCGGUCUUGUCUCCCCCAGCUAGACUGUGAGCGCCCCCAUGGCGGGGACCUGGAUUCCCACUUCUUCGGCAUUCGGCCGACCUUUAUGUGUUAUGUGCCCAGUCCGGUGCUAGCUUCCGUGGGAGACACAGAUUUUGGCUAUGGAAAGGGGAAAUGUACUAAACAAGGUCCAUCAGGAGCCCAGGAGACACGUUUUGGAGAUGACAAGCUUGGAGAUCUUGAAGAGGCAAAUCCAUUCUCCUUUAAAGAGUUUCUGAAAACUAAGAGUCUCGGCCUGUCCAACGAGAGCACGACCAGCAGGACUUACACAAAGGAAGCCUCGCGGCACUCCCUGGAACUUGACCACAGCCCCCCAACCUCCCAAGCUGUGGGCUAUGGCCUGGAAUACCAGCAGCCGUUUUUUGAAGACCCGACGGGAGCCGGCGACCUCCUGGACGAGGAGGAGGAUGAGGACACCGAUCCUGGCUGGACAGGGAUCUACCUACCAUCCGCCAUGGAGCAGACACACUCUGUCAGGGCCACUUCCAGCACUUCGCCCUGUGGCACGUACCUUUCCUUUUUCUCCACUCCAUCGGAGCUGGCGGGGCCUGAGUCUCUGCCUCCGUGGACACUGAGUGACACUGACUCCCGUGUGUCUCCGGCAUCUCCGGCAGGGAGUCCCAGCACAGACUUUGCGGGUCAUGGAGAGUCCCUGGGAGACAGGCAUCUUCGGACGCUGCAGAUAAGUUAUGAAGCACUGAAGGAUGAGAAUUCUAAGCUAAGAAGAAAGCUGAAUGAGGUUCAGAGCUUCUCUGAAACUCAAACAGAAAUGGUGAGGACCCUCGAGCGGAAGUUGGAAGCCAAGAUGAUUAAGGAAGAAAGUGACUUCCAUGAUUUGGAGUCGGUGGUGCAGCAAGUAGAACAGAACCUCGAGCUGAUGACGAAACGGGCUGUAAAGGCAGAAAAUCACGUCAUGAAACUGAAACAGGAAAUAAACCUGCUCCAGGCGCAGGUCUCCAACUUCAAGCGCGAGAAUGAGACCCUGCGCUCAGGCCAGGGUGCCAGCCUGACGGUGGUAAAGCAGAACACUGAUGUGGCCUUGCAGAACCUCCGUGUUGUCAUGAACAGCGCACAGGCAUCCAUCAAGCAGCUGGUUUCCGGAGCUGAAACGCUGAACCUUGUUGCUGAAAUCCUUAAGUCUAUAGACAGAAUUUCCGAAAUCAAAGAUGAGGAGGAGGACUCCUGAGGCCCGCGGGCUUGCGCCCUGCUGGAGUCCUGUGCACUCGGAGGUCGCCACACUUCAUGUGAACGUGCAGUUGUGUCUUAACAUAUGCCGUCUUCACCCAGAGUAAAGUAUUUAUCGUGAGAUACUAAUGUCAUGACCAGAAACAAUAUCCUUGGCUACCCACAGUGGGAGCGGCUCCUUCCCUGAGGCAUAUCUCCCGGUCCCAUGCGGCCUUGCUGAUGGGAUUCCUCUUUCAUAGAUACUCAUGACCUGUUGGAAGGAAUUUUUAUAAAAGCCAGCGAUUUUUUAAAAAAUGAUCAAACAUGAAAACAUCAGUUCUCUAAUAAGUGCUUUCCACGAUCAUCCCAGAACAUCACUUGCAAGCCAAGUACAGUUGAUCGUCCUUGGUUUCAUAGGUAGAAAACACUAAGCCAUCACAGUAGUGAUGGAUUCAGCAGGACGCGUGCCUUUUUCCUGUCACUAAAGUGCCCCUCUAGCUCCAGGUCACUCUUAGACCUUUGCAGGGUGGUUCCUGUGGUCUAUGGCCCAUUCUCCCACCAGGACCCACAGGACCUGAGUCACACAUUCCAUGAUGUGAAGCUGUCUGAUGUACCUCUGAGCGUUCAGAUUUGGAAAACUGUUUCUGACUGGGGUUUGUAUAUGUUUGAAGUAGCAUUUUGUACAAAUGAAGUUGAGAAUGUAGGAACUUCAAGUAUGUGCAGAGCCUCCUGGGGUGCAGAGGUCUCCGUGCUGCCUUCAAAUUGCCCUUCUGCGGAGGGAAGGGUGGGUGUAUACUAGAUGCCUUUCUGGCUGUUUCCUUGUAGUUGUUAUUUUUUUAAACUUUUUUCCCUUCUGCUCAGGUAGAUAGCUUUCUUGUUUAAAUAAACCCUGAAGUUCACGUGCA